GGCGUCUGGUCGUAUUAUACACUGUGGAUUUCCGUGUCGUAAUGUGAACUUGUAUAUGUGUUAGUGCACUGGAUGCUAACUUUUGUGAACUUAAAGUUGGUUUAGUGUGGUGUUGUGAUUAACUGUUGGUUAAAUGUGAGUUGGAAUUGUAACAGGUAACAGCACUUCAAAAGCGUAGAGAUUUCAUAUCACACAAACACAAAGACAAUGCAUAGGAAGGCGAUGUACCAGGAGUGGAUGCGGCACAGUUAGUUCGUCGGGAUGUCCACGAUGCGCGCGCCGGGUGCCCAACUCACCCUCAGCCUCGUCGUAUUCAUCGCCCUCAUGGGGUUCUUCGACGAGAGCAGAGGCUCGCCAUUGUACGGGGAGGACAGCUACGGGUCGUUCCCGUACUUCGAGUACAACGUGCCUCGGAACGUGACCACCGUGGUCGGCCAGCCCGCCUUCCUGCACUGCCGCGUCGAGCAACUGGGAGAUAAAGCUGUAUCAUGGAUAAGAAAACGUGAUCUUCAUAUCUUGACGGCCGGCAUACUCACCUACACAUCUGAUCAAAGAUUCCAGGUCAUCAGACCAGAUAAGUCGGAAAACUGGACUCUGCAGAUCAAAUUUCCGCAAGAGCGCGACGCCGGCAUCUACGAAUGCCAAGUCAACACCGAACCGAAAAUGUCUUUGGCAUUCCAACUCAACGUUGUUGAAGCAAAGGCGAAGAUCCUGGGUCCCGUGGACCUGUACGUGAAGGCGGGCAGCCGGCUGUCGCUGACGUGCGUGAUGAGCCAGGGUCCGCACGACCUAGGCACUGUUUAUUGGUAUAAGGACUCAACGUUACUAGAAUAUAAAGAUAUCGACCAAACGGAGGAGGAGAUUGCGGAGAAGCAGCGUCUACGGCAGAAGACCGAGUGGACUGAGCAGCUGACGUCACACCUGACCAUCGAGAAGGUGGUCCCCGGAGACAGCGGCAACUACAGCUGCGUGCCCACCCUCGCAGAAUCCGCCUCUGUCAUCGUGCACGUUAUAAGCGGUGAGCACCCCGCAGCAAUGCAACACGGCAACGUCAACUCCGCAUCGUUCUGCACAGUCUCUAUAAACUUAGUGUUCUCUCUGUACUGCACGAUCGCUACUCUGUACACAAGUAUACUAGACGCCUACAGAUGAAAACGGAACACAACCUAACAUAAUGCGAUUGUAAAUUAUAAAAUUUAUAAAGAUUUUUCACUUUGUUUAAGAAGUGAACAGGACCGUAUUCAAAAAUAUGUUUAAUUUAAGUAACUUAAGAAUCAUUUUCACUAUUGCCUUUCCGUUUUAGAUAUUAGGUAAAGGGUUAAUUACUUUAUAAAAGGAAAGUAGGAAGAUUUGCACUAUUUGUAUAAAUUAAGUCACGAAAAUAUUUAAAAAGGAAUCACUUAUACAUUACUAUUUAGGUACCUACGUUAUUUUUCUAUACGGUCCUAUUACAAUUUUAUAAGAAAAAUGAUGGUAAAUAAAAAAUUUGUUUAGUAGUUAUGAAUGGAUCUCUGUAUAUAUUAUACAAAAAGA